AUGCGUCGAAUUUCAUUUACAUCAAUGACAUCUCAAGUUGUUGGUGUAGGGCCAAUGGCUAUUAAGGCUGCUGAUUUUAAUAAUGAUAACUUCUUAGAUCUUGUUGUUGUUAAUCUUGAUGGAGAUACUACGAGUAUACUAGUUGGAAAUGGAGACGGUACUUUUAAACAACAUAAAAGCCUGUCGAAUGGAGCUAAUGCUGGACCAAAUGGAAUUGCUAUUGGUGAUGUAAACAAAGAUAAUCAAUUGGAUAUCGUUGUUGUUAAUAGAAAAGGCAGUAAUGUUGGAAUAUUUCUUGGACAAGGCAAUGGAAACUUUUCAGAACAAAUAAUAUUUCCUACAGGAAAUGGUUCUUCUCCAGCAGGACUUUCUCUUAAUGAUUUAAACAAUGAUAGUAUUUUAGAUCUUGUAGUUGCCGAUCAUGAAAAUGAUCGUCUACUUGUAUGUCUUGGAAUAGGUAAUGGAACAUUCACAAAGACGCUUGUACUAUCAACUGGUAAUCAUUCUGGACCGUAUUUAAUCAUUAUUAAUGAUUUUAAUAAAGAUAACCGACUUGAUAUUGCCGUUGGUAAUGGUGAUGGAAAUUAUGUAGGCAUUUUUCUUGGUGAUGGUACAGGAACCUUUUCAGGACAGACAACUUAUUAUAUUGAAUCUGGUCCAUAUGCACUCGUUGCUUCUGAUUUUAAUAGAGAUGGUUUAUUAGACAUCGUGACAGCUAAUUAUUAUGGAAACAAUACAAGUAUACUUUUGGGAAAUAAUGAUGGAUCUUUCAGACGAAAGAAUACUUUUUCUACUGGUAGUGGAUCUUUACCUUAUGCAAUUGAUAGUGGUGAUUUUAAUGGAGAUAAUAUACUAGAUCUUAUCGUUCCCAAUUCUGGUACGGAUAACGUAGGUAUAUUAAUUGGAUACGGUAAUGGGAGAUUUAGAAAACAAAAGACAUAUUCGACUGGUAGUGGUUCUAGUCCAGUUGAUGUAACGAUUGGAGAUUUUAAUGGAGAUAAUCGACUGGAUUUUAUCAUUGCAAAUCAUAAUCAUAAUACAGUUGGCAUCUUUUUAAAUACACAUUCAUGA